GCCCGAGAGGGCGGUGUGAAAUGUCAGUUUUCCCUGUGGUCACAUUUGAUUUGUCAGUCCCGUUCGGUGUCGCCUUGAGGACAGCCGGAAGUCAUUUUUAGCCCCAUCCACCAAAUAUCUAUCUCUCCAUGUAACCAGCCCUCCCCCCACUCUUCUCUCUCUCUUUAUUUUUUUAUUCAGGGACAGUCUGCAAAAAGUAUUUCAGUGCCAGAACAGUGAAGUCGCGUUCGGAGUUGGGGCGAAAGUGCCGUCGCGCGUUUGGCACGCAGGGGGUUAACCGUCACGUGGUGCCGACCGAGAAAAGUGCGCGCGUGUGCGUGUUUAUCUGCGUGUGUGUGUGUGUGUGUGUGUGUGUGUGUGUGUGUGUGUGUGUGUGUGUGUGUGUGUGUGUGUGUGUACGGUGGCCCGUGGAGAACAAAGAAGCGUCGAGGCGGUAUUUAAAGCGGAGGAAGUUGGUUGCUGACGACUCGGAGCAGCGGGCAGGCGCGCGUCACGACGAGCAGCAGCUGGCCGAGAUGCGGACGAGCGCGCACGCGUCCGGCGGCCUCCUCUGCCGGUGGCUCCUCAUCCUCACGCUCGCCGAGUGCGCGCGUGCCGCCGCUGCCGCCGGCCGCCACCACCACCACAAAGCCUCGCCGGUGUCUGACAAAUUCCCCGAGCUGAAGAAACGAGUCAAGCUCCCUGACGUCCACAAUCUCUUCAAGGAUGUCGCGCUGUCCAACAGCACCUGGAGGCCAGGGAAGCGUCUCCGCUGCGGAGUUCCCGACUUUGCUGACAGCCAGCGGAAACGUCUCCUCCCGCCAGGACACCGGCGCAGACGCUUUGUCCUCUACGGGGGGCGCCUGGACAAAAACGACCUCACCUACAGGAUCGUGCGCUUCCCGUGGCAGAUGGGUGAGGAGAAGGUGCGGCGCAUCUUUCGGGAAGCUCUGAAGAUUUGGAGCGACGUGACGCCGCUCACUUUUACCGAGAUCCACGCCGGCAAAGCCGACAUCCGCAUCGACUUCACCAGAUACUGGCACGGUGACAGCCUCCCGUUCGACGGCCCGGGCGGGAUCCUCGCUCACGCCUUCUUCCCCAAAACGCAUCGCCAAGGAGACGUCCAUUUUGACUACGAUGAGGCCUGGACACUCGGAAACCACAUGGGCACGGACCUCCUCCAGGUGGCGGCUCACGAGUUUGGCCACGUCCUGGGCCUGCUUCACUCGGAGGAGCCCGGCGCCAUCAUGUCCGCCUACUAUUCCUUCUCAUAUCCGCUCAGGCUGAGCCACGACGACCGGCGCGGCAUCCAGUACCUGUACGGGACGCGGCCUACAUCGCCGCCCACUACAUCGCCGCCACCUCCACCGCCGCCGCCGCCGUUGCAUCCCGAGUCCAACGAGAUUCUCCCACAUCCCGACACGUGCCAGACGGACUUUGACGCGGCGUCCAUGAUACGCGGUGAGCUUUUCUUCUUCAAGUCAGGAUACGUGUGGCGAAUCCGUGACGGCCGUCUUGAGAGUGGCUAUCCCGCGCUAGCGUCGCGCCACUGGCGAGGGAUCCCCAAUCGCGUGGACGCUGCCUUCGAAGAUGAGGCCGGGAACGUUUGGUUCUUUCAAGGUGACAGCUACUGGGUGUUCGACGCCGAGAUGCGGGUGCGAGGCCCCGAGUCGGUCCGGGGCCUGGGCCUUCCCGCGACGGGCGUCCGGGCGACGCUGCGCUGGGGCCGCGACCCGGACUUCAACACCUACGUCUUCGGCUCGGCCGGCUACUGGCGCUUGAGCCCGCGACGCAGCCGCCUGGAGUCGGCGUACCCGCGGGCCACCAGCGACUGGGGCGACAUCCCCGCCGACGUGGACGCCGCCUUCCGAGACGCUUACGGCUACGCCCACCUCAUCCGCGGACGGCAGUACUGGAAAUUGGACCCGGUGGCCAUGAACUCCCUGGAGGGUUACCCCCGCUACGUGGGCGUCGACUUCUUCGGCUGUCGAAACGUGUAACCCGCCCUCGGGCCGCUGCCGAUUUUUCAACCUCAGGUGCUCCCGCAGUGAGUCCAAAGGCUGCUUUUGGCGCCACCUGCGGGCCACGUGCUGACACGGCGGUUUCCGGCGCCGCUGCUGGACGGCCUUGGACUCGCCGUGACGCGUUCGGGGGGGGGGUGUCACAGUGUUUGUCGGUGCGGGUCGCUGACGAGCAGCUCACUAUCGGGUUUAUACACUACAGCAUUUUUUUUAUCUUUCAGACUUUUUUUUUCCUCCUAUUUUUGUUACUCAAAUGUAGCCAAUUGUACAGGAAGUGUAGCUGUAUUUUUGUUUGUUUACCAGAAUAAAACUCAACUUUGAAAUCAA